CUGGGUAAACAUUGUGUCCCUUGCCUCUUGUUACCAUCCGCCUUAGACGCACAGUUCGGGACACCCUACCCGAGAUCCACCGAUUUUGACACCGACAGCGGGCGGCGCUGCGGGGCAUAGGCGGGCGAGCUAGCCCGCUACGGACGGCGUGCACGAAGUGGCGAGUGCAAAGGAUACGACGGGCGGACCAUUUGGUCACUGGAGUCAUGUCGGCGGCGAUCGCAGCCGACGGCGCGUGCGGGUGAGAGCGGCGGUGUGGCUACGGAGUGCGGCAGUGAGAACAGAGAGGAAAAGAAGGGGCAGCGGCUCACGGCGAUCACAGUGGAGUGGACGGCGAGCUCAAAGGUGGUCGGAGCUGAGCAAGGUGGCGAGGGGGGUCUCCGGUGAUGGGCGAUGAAGGCAGGGUCAGGGAGGCAUAUCCAGGGCAUGUGAGUGCUCGGGGCUCAGCUGGCUCGGUGCAGAGGACAACAAGGAAGCUCAUGGGCACGUCAAGGCGACGAGGGAGCGGCGGUGGCUGUGGCUUCACAGUAGCGCGGCAGUGGCUGCAUCGGCCACGGCGAUCAGAGGGCAAGAGAGAGAGGGCAGGGGAGAGUGAGGUGUCGGGGAGCUCGGGGCGGCAUCGAGGAGGCAUUUCAAGGCAUCCGCGCACUGUCCAGGCGACGCAGGCGAGCAGGGAGCUGCACGGCAAGCUCGGGCGCACGUGCACUGUCCCCCUCUGCCUACUGGAAGAGGUAGGGGUGACUAGCACCAGGCCAGGUGGGUCGGCCCAGUUCAUGUAAGUGGUCUGGGGGCCUUCUCUCUCUCUGCCUUUUCUGUUUUUCUUUUUUAUUUUCUGUCUUUCUUUUUGAUUUAGCACAAAUGCCAGACCUCUUUGUAAAAUGCUGAAAAUAUUUGUGGGCACUUGUGAAAUUAUUUCCAACAGCCCUGAAAUGCUUUCAAGAUUAUUUGGAUAUUUAAAAAUUAUUUAUAAGAUUUAAAUGUCCAAAUGUAAAUACUAUAUGGAUUAGUUCAAAAAUCCAGAGUGUCCUAGAAAAAUGUGCACCAUUUUUGGCAAAGGUUCUGUUCCAAUUCAAAAAUGAUGAACUUUUAUGAAGGGCGGUGUGCGUUCAUUGAAAUCAUUUUUUUAGUUGAACCUGGUAUUUUCUGGGGGUGCUAGGGUUUGUUGAUCCCCAUUUCAAGUUUAAGAAAAAAUUAAACAUGAUGCAUCACUCUAGCUAGUCCUAAUGCAAGCACUGACUAGGGCUGUGACAAGAGAAAUGGGAGAAAAUCAAGCGAAGAUAAUGCGAGUGAUCCUCCAUUAAUUAGGGCCUGGCUAAUUUAGCCGAUCCCUUAAUUCUGGGAUAUGGAAGAAAAUCAACCGAAGAUCGCUACUGCUCGAUCCCCAUCCAACGCUGGCAAUGUGUUUGGAUUUGUCCCAAAAAAGUUGUUGUUUGCCAGAUGCAAAAUUUGUUUAAUUUAAGCUAGUGAUGUUGGGGGGAGAUACUAUGUUAGUUUUCUAUGCAUGUUAAUUAGUACUAAGAAAUGGGAGGAGUAGAACCUUUCCUCACGAAUUAUCUUUGGGCAGACAUUAUUCCAACGUUUCCUUACAAACUAAGUUAAGUAAUAUUUAAAUUAUUUCCAUAUAUGGUUUCCAAUUAAGGAAUUUUGUAAAUGCUAGGGAAAUUGGGAAUUUUUUACCUACCACUGCUUUUCCUUCCACUAAUAAGGAAUUGCCGAGCUAUAUAAAUAGGCACCUAGACCCGUAUGUUUUCCUCACCCAAUGAAAUUCAGUUCAUAGUGAUCUAGACAUGGCGAUCAAGCUUAUACCAGUAGCAUUUUUCUUGCUCAUCCUGGCCUUUGCUGAGUCCAGCGACAGGGGCGAACCUCCAUCUUCUCAAGAAAAUGCUUUUGAUACGAGUGCUUAUGCGGUUCAUUGGGAUCCACCUGCUGAAGGAAAUAGUUUUGGUGAAAGUGCUUAUGCGGUUCACUGGGAUCCUCCUUCUCAAAAAGAUGGCUUUGGUGAAAGUGCGUACGUGGUACAUUGGGAUCCCCCUUCAAAAGAAGGAGGUUCUGGGGCAAGUCCUUAUAAGGUGAAUUGGAGCCCAGAAGAUGCACCUUCCAAAGAAAAAGGUUUUGGGGCAAGUGCUUAUGCGGUACACUGGGAUCCAGAUCAUCCACCAUCUGAAGAAAAAGGUUCUGGGACAAGUUUUGAUAAGGCGACUUGGAGCCCAGAAGAUGCACCUUCAAAAGAAAAAGGAUUUGGUUCAAGUGCUUAUAAGGUAACUUGGAUCCCAGAUGAUGCACCUUCUGAAGAGAAAGGAUUUGGUGCAAGUGCUUAUGCAGUACAUUGGGAUCCAGAUCAUCCACCUGUUGAAAAAACCCGCGCCUGACAGCAAUAGCCAUGUGUCAUAUGAACACAUCUGAUUGGGACACGCGGUGCUCUGAGCUGUUGGAUGGAGAGCGUGGCGAACCUAUUUGGCACUACAUGCCCACCAACUACAUCAUGUUCUAUUAGAUAUAUUUAAAGUUCAUGCUCAACUAUGUAAUCUUGUUAUCUUAUCAAUAAAGCGUGUCGAGUGGAUGGAUGUUUGUUAAAAAAACUAAUCACCACCAAAAUCUGGGAGUCUUUUGACUGCUACACACCAAUAUUUUCUUUUAUUGCAUCCCAAAAAACUCCAGUUUGAUUAAUUGUAAUGUUGCACUU